AUGUCACGCCGCACCGAUCUCACGCUCGGGCGACUCAGCGCUGGUACGGAUGGCGGAGGGCGAUCGGCGACGGCGACGGCGACGGCGUCAGUUAUGGCGGCUAGCAGCCGCAGCGGCAGCAGGCUAGACAGGGACAACAACAGCAGCUGCGACAGCAACAGCUCCAAUGGGACGGACAGCAUCAACGAUAGCGGCAGCCAACGCAUGUCCAAGCUGCGUCCGCUGGCCCGACUGGAUCGCCUGCUGCGCCGCUGGCUGCCCGGCUACAGCUAUUUGCGCGGCAUCACCGCCAAGGGCAGCAGCAGCGGCGUUGGCAGCGGCGGUGGCGGCGGCGGCACUGUUAGGCGCUCGGCUGAGCAAGCAUCGAUGCCGUCGCGACUGAACAGCGCCAUGGAGGAGCAGCAACAGCAGCAGCCGCUCGACAUUGACCCGCCGCUGUCGGUGCGGAAGCGCCGGGACGGCGAGGUGCUCCUCGAUGCGGGCAUUGCCAAGUCGGAGUUCUGCCUGAAGCUGGAGAAGCUGCUGCGGGCCAAGUUAAUUGUCAAGGAUUAGCGGAUCUCGAACCGAAUUUGAGAUUUGAGAGAAAACAAAAGAAAAACGCC